UUAACAUCCCGCCUUUAGGGCCUACUCUUCCGGUAUCUACAGCGAAGGAACUCGUCACACUGCGUGCCGGGCCUUCGCAUUGACUGACGUGCUUCUCGUCCAAUAGAACACGCGUUCUACUCAGUCAGGUGGUUAGGGGGUUGGCGUUGCGUCAGUGGGGGAUUGUCGGCCGUACCUGUAAUGGCGGAACGCGGGGACACCGAGGCGGAGAGAUAUACCACUGAUAUUCGGCAGGCACAAAAAAGCAGUGGCAGAAAGAACUUGGAGGAUGGCACAACAGCAGCAAGCUCUGCGCUUUCGUGGUCCAACUCCUCCACCCAGUCCAGUCAUGAGGGGCCCGCCACCUCUUCUUCGUCCACCUCCUCCAUUUGCUAUGAUGCGUGGGCCUCCUCCACCUCCACGGCCUCCUUUUGGACGUCCUCCUUUUGAUCCUAACAUGCCACCAAUACCUCCCCCGAGUGGGAUCCCUCCACCUAUUGCUCCUCCUCACCUUCAGAGGCCACCUUUCAUGCCUCCACAUAUAGGAAGUAUGCCGCCUCCAGGAAUGUUGUUUCCCCCUGGGAUGCCACCUGUAUCCACACCUGCAACAACCCCAACUCCCAGCCAAAGCCCUACACCUACACAGGCACCAACAUUGCCACCAAAUGAGGAGAUAUGGGUCGAGAACAAGACUCCAGAUGGAAAGGUGUAUUAUUACAAUGCCAGGACUCGAGAGUCUGCAUGGUCAAAACCAGAUGGUGUAAAGGUCAUCCAACAGUCUGAGCUGACUCCAUUGAUGGCAGCCCAGGCUCAAGCUCAGGCAGCACAGGCCCAGGCUCAAGCAGCCCAGGCCCAGGCACAGGCCCAAGCUCAGGCAGCUCAAGUUCAGGUAGCACAGGCUCAAGGUCAAGUCCAGGUUGCUCAUUCACAGCCUAUCCAUUCUCAGACUGUAACGGGUGCCUCUACUACAACUACCAGUACGUCUAUGUUGGUACCGACAUCAACACCUUCUACUAGCCAGGCCUCUUCUACCAAUACAACUACAUCAAACUCCAUUUCACAGGCUAUUCCAAGUUCGUCUGCUCCUGAGCAUACGCAAACACAGAGUGUGUCUGCACCUGUAACUGUAUCAUCAGUCAGUGUGGCCACAUCUUUACCAACAGUGUCUUCAGUGCAAAGCUUGCCAGCACAAUUAUCCCAAGUUCUGCCUCCUACAGUUUCACAUGCAGUGCCACAGCCAGCAGCAGCAAUUCCAGCCUUUCCUCCAGUCAUGGUACCUCCAUUUCGUGUUCCCCUUCCUGGCAUGCCCAUACCCUUACCAGGUGUAGCAAUGAUGCAAAUAGUCAGCUGCCCGUAUGUAAAGACAGUCGCUACCACCAAAACCGGUGUCUUACCUGGCAUUGCCCCUCCAAUUGUACCAAUGAUACAUCCCCAAGUGGCUCUUGCUGCUUCUCCUGCAACUUUAGCCGGAGCAACCAUAUUGUCAGAGUGGUCAGAAUAUAAAACGGCUGACGGAAAAACAUAUUAUUACAAUAACAGGACUUUGGAAUCGACGUGGGAUAAACCCCAUGAACUCAAAGAAAAAGAUAAAGAGAUUGAGAAGGUAAAAGAAUCAACAAAACCAGAACCAGUUAUUAAGGAAGAUGCUCAACCAAUGGAGGCGAUGGAAGAUAUACCAAAGGAAGAACCUCCCAAGGAGAUAAAGGAGGAGGUAAAAGAGGAGGAGAUGACUGAGGAAGAAAAGGCAGCUCAAAAAGCCCGGCCAGUGGCUACUACCCCAAUCCCUGGCACUCCAUGGUGCGUUGUGUGGACUGGUGAUGAACGGGUGUUUUUCUACAAUCCCACUACCCGGCUUUCCAUGUGGGACCGACCAGAGGACCUUAUUGGAAGGGCCGAUGUAGACAAAAUCAUUCAGGAGCCUCCCCAUAAAAGAGGGAUGGAGGAUGGCAAGAAAUAUUACAAAGAAGAUCAAGACUCUGCCGAAGAUGCAAAUGAGGACGAGCCCAUAAAAGCAAAGAAGAGAAAGAAGGACGACCCAGAGGCUGAUAAGGAAACUGCAAUGGAGGCCGAGAUAAAAGCUGCUCGUGAAAGGGCAAUUGUUCCCCUGGACUCUCGAAUGAAACAGUUUAGAGAUAUGUUGCUGGAGAGAGGGGUUUCAGCAUUUUCAACAUGGGAGAAAGAGCUCCACAAGAUUGUGUUUGACCCUCGUUAUUUGUUAUUAAACCCCAAAGAAAGGAAACAGGUGUUUGAUCAGUAUGUGAAAACGAGGGCAGAAGAGGAGCGCAGAGAGAAGAAAAACAAGAUUAUGCAAGCUAAGGAGGAUUUUAAGAAAAUGAUGGAGGAUGGCAAGAUUAACGCAAGAUCUACCUUUAGUGAAUUUGCAGGAAAACAUGCCAAAGAUGCUCGGUUCAAAGCCAUUGAAAAAAUGAAAGAUCGUGAAACCUUAUUUAAUGAGUACAUGGUUGCAGCAAGGAAGAAGGAAAAAGAAGAUUCCAAGAACAAAGGAGAGAAGGUCCGAUCGGACUUCUUUGACUUGUUAUCCAGCCUUCAUUUAGACGGACAGUCUCGAUGGAGCAAAAUCAAGGACAAGAUAGAGAAUGAUCUCCGUUACAAAGCAGUGGAAAGUUCAGCGGCAAGAGAAGAGCUCUUUAAACUGUAUAUAGAAAAGAUUGUAAAGAAUUUAGAUACAGAAAAGGAGAAAGAGCUGGAAAGACAAGCUCGCAUUGAGGCAAGUUUACGUGAAAGAGAGCGGGAAGUGCAGAAAGCUCGCUCAGAGCAAACCAAGGAAAUUGACAGAGAACGAGAACAGCACAAGCGAGAAGAAGCAAUCCAGAAUUUUAAAGCCCUUUUGUCGGAUAUGGUGCGGUCAUCUGAUGUUUCAUGGUCUGAUACAAGAAGGACAUUGAGGAAAGACCACAGAUGGGAAUCUGGUUCCUUGCUGGAAAGGGAAGAGAAGGAGAAACUUUUUAGUGAACACAUUGAGGCGCUUACUAAAAAGAAACGAGAACAGUUUAGACAGCUGUUGGAUGAAACAUGUGCUAUUACUUUAACAUCCACUUGGAAAGAGGUUAAGAAGAUUAUAAAGGAUGAUCCACGCUGCAUUAAAUUUUCUUCAAGUGACCGGAAAAAACAAAGGGAGUUUGAGGAAUAUAUUAGAGAUAAACACAUCACUGCUAAAGCAGACUUUAGAACUCUACUGAAGGAAACAAAAUUCAUUACAUACAGAUCGAAGAAAUUUCUACAGGAAUCCGACCAACACUUGAAGGAUGUAGAGAAAAUUUUGCAAAAUGACAAACGAUACCUAGUACUUGACUGCAUUCCUGAGGAGAGACGGAAGCUCAUUAUGUCUUAUGUAGACGACCUGGACAGACGCGGACCGCCCCCACCCCCCACAGCCUCAGAACCUGCGAGAAGAUCCACCAAGUGAUGAAGUAUUUUAAUCAGACGGGUAUCCCUUCAUUCAUACCGACUGCAUGAGCCACCGGGGAGAUUUUUCUUUUAAUCGUCAGUGUCACUUUACUACAAGCAACCACAGAAGCUGCUUUUCUGAACAGAGAACUUGUAUCUGUGCAACACUCUGCAACAGCAAUCUGGUGUCUGCGAAACCAAGGUAUCAGGUUUUUUUCCACCAAUGUUCUCCUUACGUCUUGUCACAACUUUGUCCUAGAUUUUCAUGUACAGACUGAUAGCAGCUCCUUCACCUACAGUCAAAAAUGGUUUACUGUCAUCCUUCAACAAAUGCCUUGUCAUUUUCACGGUUGAGCCAUGAAAGAGUAAAAAAAAAAAAAUGGGAUGUACAAAGAAUGAAUUUGCUAAGCAUUUCCAACAGCAGGGUGGGCGAGCAGCACCUUGUUCCCCCGACGUAGUCAGACAUAACUUUAGUCACAAGCCUAAUUUGAAACCACUUCUGAAUGCUAAUUGGGCUUUGCUCCAGAACGUGUCGGUUAGUACAGAUGGUAGAAUGAGGCCUUCGUCUGUUGGUACCGCACAGCCCGGGUAUCAAAUUCUGUAAAAAUGUUUUAUUUUUUUUCUUCCGCAGUCUUUUGUUAAACCAUUAAGUGAUCUUCAUUUUUUUUUUUUUUUUUUUGGUUCUGAUUUUGGAAUUGAGGGGGAAUUAUCCUUCAGGGUAGUUCGUGUAAAACUGUAUGCUCCAUUUUGAAUGUUAAACUUGUGUUUCUAAAGUUUAAUUUUGAAAUGUUGGAUUUGUUCAGUUUAUGUAAUUGAACUACAAUAAAUCUUUUUAUACAUA